AAAUUUCAGCACACGCAGAAUCCCAUUACGCAGCGAAUAGACCCUAAACAAUUAUCUCACGUGGCCGGCUAACGUCAGCGUAAUUUAAAAGUUUCAUCAACAUAAAAUGCACAAGUCGUACGCCACGAGCGAGUACACGGCACCCUCUCGGCGCGGAGCAAUAAGCAUUCGUCUGAAUAUCGGCAAUAAUAAACCAUCUGUUAGCUAACAAUAGACGACGACCUUGAAGGCUUUUACGGAGAAGUUUUCCCUCGAAAGGGUGGGAAAUAAUUACGUUCGAGUCAGUAACCCGGGCGUGCGUUAUUGAUGGGCUCGCGAGACGCGCGGUAAGUGGGUCAGGGAGGGAGCGAGGGGCGCGCAGCCGCCGCGCCACUGCGCCCUCGACCCUCGACCAUGGCGGACGCUCCGCCCGACGUGCUCGAGCUCAACGUGGGCGGCGUGCACUACGCUACCACGCGCGAGACUAUACUCCGCGAACCCGACUCUCUCCCUGCCACCGCGCUCGCCGACCCGGAGCAUCCUCGCGACGCUCGCGGUCGUAUUUUCUUCGAUCGCGACGGAGUUCUCUUCCGCUAUGUUUUGGAUUACCUCCGUGACGGCGGCCUCGUGCUGCCGGAGUGUUUCCGCGAGCAUAAACGUCUAGCGCGGGAAGCGAAACACUACAAGCUUCCAGGCUUAGAAAACGCUGUCCGAGAAGCGGAUCCUCGUCCUCCUAACCGUGAAAAAGGAUGCAUCACGGUAGGCUACAGAGGAAGCUUCGCUUUUGGCCGUGACGGCCUGGCUGAUGUCAAAUUCCGCAAAUUAUCUCGUAUCCUCGUCUGUGGAAAAGUGACGCUGUGCCGCGAUGUCUUUGGAGAAACGUUGAACGAGUCCCGCGACCCAGACCAUGGGUUAGCGGACCGGUACACGUCCCGGUUCUUCCUGAAGCAUUCCUUCAUCGAGCAAGCUUUCGAUAACCUGCAGGAGAACGGGUUCAAGCUGACGGCCAGCUGCGGCAGCGGCACCGCAGGCGGUGCUGCAGAACUCAAGCCAGGCGUUGAUUCAGAAGAGAACCGCUGGAACCACUACAACGAAUUUGUAUUCGUACGUGAGUAAGCCAAGCUUAAACGGUUCCGGCAGCUUUAAACGCGCUGAUAUUACUAAAUUCAAUUCCAGAUGAAACGCGCGUGUUUACGUGAACAUCUGAGCCCCGUAUUAUGGAAAUGAAUUUAGGUUAUUUUUAAUAUUGGCUCAUGUACCGGUCAUGUGAAGUGUUGGUUGAUUCCAUCUCGACUGUUUAUGAAGUGCAUCUGUUAUUUUGGAUGCGACUGUACGUAUCAUUUGAAUUCGCAAUAUUUGCGAACAAAAUUGUGAUUGAAGCUUGAAAUAUCAUCUACAGAGAGCAAAGAUUUUACAAUACAAUUGAAACGUUACUUUGCUCUUCGUAAUUCCGGCAAAUUAAUGUUUGCUUAUGUAGAUAAACAAAAUAAAACCUUAAAUAUAAUCAUGUAUGUAAUAAAUAGAGAUUAUGAAUAUUGUAAGAUAUAAAUUAGAGUAGUAAUACUAAACGUUAUCUCCUUUUAGGACUUUCUCAUGUACUGUGAAAUACUUACUUACAUUAACGAAUUUUCAAAUUAUUUUUGAACUACUUUUGAACAAUUAUGUAUUUUGAGAACAAAAAACGUGGGCCAUCUUUUUUGAUAUAAAAUAUGCCAAAUUAUAUUAUACCAAGUCAGAUGCUGGCUUUAGUUUCAAUUUCUUAUUAACAAAUGUUUGUAAUUGAUUGUAUAAGUAUAUGAUACCUUUUUUACUAGGUGAACUUGACUCUAUACAUUGCCUGCAGUGAUGUGUUGUGAUCCAUACGUUUUAUUGUACUAGUCCUUUGAAUAGGAACCUACGUAAUGUAGUUAUAUUAUACAAGUAAUUUAAGAUUAAAAGAUUAUUUAAAAGUUCUAUUGAUUAUUUAUGGCGAAGCGCGUAUAAACUGUACCUAAUAAAAUAAAUGAAUAAUAAACUAUAGGCAGUAGAUAAUAGUGUUCGUUU